GAAGUUGGUGUGCGUUAAUUUGAAUCUGGAGUAGCGCUAUAUGAGGGGAGAGUCCACGAGGAGCGACUGUGAGGAGUCAGAUUUCAGUGUUUUGGUCCUGGAGGACUGAGGGAGUCUUUGUUUCAGUUGGAACUGCGGGCAGUCCAAGGAAACCGAGAGUGAGUCAGGGGAGAUCGAGACAUUUUAAAGAGUGAGUGAGUGAGUGACUAACUGAGUGAAGGAUAGAGCGGGCUCCAACUCUUACCACUAUCACAUUGGAACAAGAAGACUUUUGUGUGGACUUACCAAGACUGAAAAUGACUUCCCGCAUCUCCCUGUGGUCCGUUGGAAUACACCUCACACUGUGGUACUGUCAACUGUCGACUCCAUAUCGCCUUCUGGACGAGGGAGGUUCCCAGGGCCAGAUGGACCUGACAGAGCUGAUCGGCGUUCCUCUCCCCCCCUCCGUCUCCUUCAUCACGGGCUUUGAGGGCUACCCGGCCUACCGUUUCGGGCCCGAUGCCAACGUGGGCCGCCUCACCAAGUCCUUCAUCCCUGACCCCUUCUACCGGGACUUCACCGUGAUCGUCACCGCCAAGCCCACCACGCGGCAUGGCGGGGUCCUAUUCGCCAUCACCGACGCCUACCAACGGGUGGUGCAGCUGGGCGUGGCGUUGAGCCCCGUGGAGGACGGGUCUCAGCAGGUGCUCCUCUACUACACUGACCCGGGGGUCGGGAGCACCCAGGAGGCUGCGAGCUUCAAACUGGCUGACCUGACGGGGAGGUGGGCCCGCUUCACGUUGACGGUGCAGGGGACAGAGGUGCGUCUCUACAUGGACUGUGAGGAGUACCACCGUGUGGCCUUCCAGAGGAGCCCGGAGCCCCUCACCUUCGAGGCCAGCUCGGGCAUCUUCGUGGGCAACGCAGGUGGUACGGGGCUGGACAGGUUUGUGGGUUGUAUCCAGCAGCUGGUUCUGAAGGGAUACCCCACAGCCAAAGAUGACCUGUGUGAAGAGGACGACCCCUAUGCAUCUGGCUAUGGGAGUGGAGACGACUCCUUCGACGACACAGAAACUCUGGAUGAAGUGAAGAAGGUAAUGGAGGAGAGAGAGUACACCGUGCCAGAGGAACCAUGGGGCACCCCUGUGCGCGCCCCUCCCACCGAGGCAUCGCCCAGUGACGAUGAGGAUGCUGAUGAGAUCUCAGGUCAGGACGUGGAGCUGAAAGUAGAGAGAGGACCAAGUCGGACUGCGGAUGCAGACUACAGACCAAGCAGUGUGACUUUCAGUCAGAAAGGAGAGCAAGGAGAUCCAGGGCCAGCCGGCCCCCCUGGGCCCCCUGGCCCACACAGUCUCUUUAGCAAAGGCUUCUCUCAGGGAUUGCCAGGACCCAGGGGCCCCCAGGGGCCCCCAGGACCAGCAGGAACACCCGGUAACGACGGCCAGCCAGGCAUUGGAGGGAUAGACGGAAACCCUGGAGAAACUGGAGUUCAGGGAUUCCCAGGCUUACCAGGAGAUCCUGGUCCCAAAGGAGACAAGGGUGAUUCUGGAGUGGGCAAACCUGGUCCCCCCGGACCUCCUGGACCACCGGGUCGACCCAACUCCUCCAGAUCCCCGGAUGGUGUGGACGGCUCAGGCUUAGAGUACUUUGACGGAGACACAGAGAUUAUGACAGGUCCACCUGGUCCUCCAGGGCUUCCUGGGCCCCCAGGUUCAUCCGAGGGCCUCUCUGCGUCCCCUGGGGCUCCCGGGGAAAACGGGAAGGAUGGAGAGAUGGGUAAACCUGGACUGCCUGGCGUUGAUGGGAAUGAUGGGUUCCCUGGUCCAACUGGCGAGAGAGGAGAGAAGGGUGAGCCGGGUCUGAGCGGAACACAUGGACCAAAGGGGGAGCCAGGUGCUGCAGGGUUCCCAGGUCUGCCCGGCUCAGAGGGACCAGAGGGGAAGCCAGGUCUGAGGGGGCCCCCUGGGCUACCGGGACCCCCAGGACGGGGCUUCAGCUUGGACCUGGAGGGACCUAUUGACAAACCUGGCCGUCCAGGACCUAAGGGCGAAGACGGGCAGGACGGGCUUCCUGGUGUAGCGGUAAAGGGGGAGCCUGGUGCUCCAGGAGCAGCCGGGGCCUCUGGGCUAGAUGGACUGCCAGGGCAUACGGGAGCGAAGGGGGACCAAGGUGAUAUGGGACCAAAGGGAGAGAGAGGUCAGGACGGUUUCAGUUUCCCCGGCCCUCCAGGACCUCCUGGGUCUUCGGGACCUGUUAUCAACCUCCAGGAUGUCCUGCUCAGUGAUACAGAGGGUGUGUUUAACUUGUCAGGGCUGCUGGAAUCUCAGGGACUCAGGGGGCCACGGGGUCCAAAGGGUGACUUGGGGAAUCCAGGGACCAUAGGGCCCCCAGGCUUAAAGGGUGAGCCAGGGGCCAUGGUUGCAGCAGACAGGUCUAUGAUGUCUGAACUCACAGGGCCACAGGGCCCCAAAGGGAUCAAGGGCGAUUGUGGUGUUCCUGGGCCAGCUGGAGUUACGGGUCCCAUUGGGCCAGAAGGACCCAAAGGAGAAUAUGGCUAUCCUGGUCGUCCGGGUCGUCCCGGAAUAAUGGGGCAUAAAGGAGACAGAGGAGACGCUGUGGGUGUGUCGGGAUCCCCUGGCCCCCCCGGGCCCCCAGGACGUCCCGGAAUGUUCAACUGCCCCAAAGGAACAGUUUUUCCCAUCCCUCCCAGACCGCACUGCAAAAAGGCCAUAAAUGGCUCUGAGAAUUCAACAAAUGGGGGGCCGGAUUGUCCUUCGUCUGGGACCAAAGGGGACAAGGGGGAGAGGGGCUUCCCUGGGAUGCCUGCCCCGCCACUCACAAUGCUUCCCAAAGGAACUAUGGGGAACAAAGGGGACAAGGGGGAGAAGGGGGAGGCCGGGUCACCUGGUAUGCGUGGGACAUCUGGAAUGGUGGGCCCUCAAGGAGAAACUGUUAUGGGGCCCCCUGGCCAUCCAGGCGUUCCGGGGUCUCCAGGUACUCCGGGGUAUGGAAGACCUGGCCCUGAAGGCCCCCAAGGGCCUCCUGGACACCCCGGAGCACCCUCUCCAGCUGUGACCAUCCCUGGACCUCAAGGCCCCCCUGGCCCAGCUGGACCUCCUGGGGCCUCUGCCGGGAUGGAGACGUUUCCUUCCAGCGAGGUCAUGAUGCAAAGGACGAUGAACAGCAGAGAGGGGACCCUGAGCUUCAUCUCCACGGGGACAGGCAAACUCUACAUCCGGGUACAAGAGGGAUGGAAGGAGGUCCUGCUUGGUAACUUGAUCUACCGCCCGGUCAAUAUCCCUCUACCUGACACGGCUCAGCCAGGCACCGCCAGAAGAUAUGGGCUCAACCUGGUGGCCCUGAACCAACCCUACACAGGGAACUUCGGUGGCGACGACAUGACAGACAAGCGGUGCUAUGACCAGGCCAUGGCCAUGGGUCUGCCUGCCAACUACCGAGGCUUCGUAUCCUCAAAAAUCCACAGCAUCAAUAAAGACCUGGUCCCCCAGAGGUUCAGACAGAGCUACCCCAUAACCAACCUCAGGGGGGACAUUUUGUUCAGUAACUACAAGUCUAUCUUCACUGGGGGUGGAGGCAAAUUCCCAUCAAACAUCCCAAUCUACUCCUUCGACGGACGGGACGUAAUGGCAGACCCCUUCUGGCCUAAGAAGAGCAUCUGGCAUGGCUCUAAUACGUUUGGCAACCUGUUGGUAGACCGGUCCUGCGAUUCGUGGCAGUCUGACAACAUGUCCAUCAUGGGCCAGUCGUCCAAUCUAGCUUCAGGCUUCCUCUUGGGACAGCAAGCACAAAGCUGUAGCAACCAGUUCGUGGUCCUUUGCAUCGAGACCAGAGAGCAUGUUUAACACACCGCUCCUCCACAUUCAUCUGCUCUCAUCUUAUCACUCUGGAAAGGUGUCAAGUAUAUGUACAUUCCUUUAUGAACAUUUCAUCAUUAUCAUCAAUAUUUUCCUCUUCUCCCAUCCUCUGAUUGGUUGAUUGACUGACUGAGAUGAGAUGGCGGAUACUUGUCUGUCGAUACCAGCUCCAAAUCAUGGCUUUGCGGAGUUUUUCAAAGCCAACUUUCAAGAUUAUUUCUCACUACAGAUGUUUCUCCUACUCAAGAUGUCACCUUUCGUCUUCCAGUGAUUGGCCAUGUUUAUCAUUUGUCCUAUUAGGUCAUUCUUUAAGAAAUGUUUGUUCCAUUAGACCAGGGCCAAUAGCAUAUUUCACAUGCAUAACACCCAUAUUCUACUAAGGUGUUCAGUAAAGAAAUGCUGAUGCUAUAUUAGAUGUGUUUUUACGUCCAGUGAUUUCUCAUUUGAGCAACAAUUUCUCUCAGUAUUUCAUUUCAAUUCAACAUCUUAUUUAUACCGUAACUACACAUAACGUGAAUGAAUCAAAUUAUUAAGGUUAAUUUAUAGUUUGUUUGUCAGGGACUGUUUCAGUUUUUUGUAAUUUCGUUGUACAGCAUUCCUUUUAUGGCGCUAGAAUUUUGAUUUGAUAGGUAGCUAGUUAGAUGUGACUUCAUUCAACAUUAUUUCCAUUAAUCACAUAGCAAUUCACUACAAAAAAAGUUAUAACUUAUGAAAUUCAUAAGAGAUUUUAUCAAUUAUAUGUGAGUAUAUUUUAUACAAUCAUUGGUGCUUAUUGAUUAAAAAUGUUUUUUUCAUUUUCUUAAUAAUCUGAGUCUGAUAUAAUCUGUUUUGAAAUCUGGUCCUGUUACGUCGAGUCUGUACUGUGGUUAAAUGACAAGACAGACCAAUACAGAUCAUCAACCAAUCAGCCGUGUGUAGUAGAUCAAAAUCAAAUCAAACUUUAUUGGUCGCGUACAAAGUUUCGCUGAUGUCAUAACAGGUUCAGCGAAAUGCUUAUGUUACUAGCUCCUAAUAAUGCAGUAAAAUGUCAAACAGGUACACUUUUUCAUUUAUCUAUAUAUAUAUCAUUUAUAUAUAUUUUUAAAAAAACAGAAAGCAAAAAAGUGUUGUAACAGAUCCAUUUAACAAACAAAACGGCACUGUAACAGUUAUCCAAUUGUAAUCCAUAACAAUUACAAAAGUAUGUGGACACCUAUUCGUCGAAUAUCUCAUUCCAAAAUCAUUGGCAUUAAUAUGGAGCUGGUCUCCCCUUUGUUAUGAGCCUCUACUCUUCUGGGAAGGCUUUCCACUAGAUGUUGAUUCAUUGCAGCGGGGACUUGCUUCCAUUCAGCCACAAGAACGUUAGUGAGGUCAGGCACUGAUGUUGAGUGAUUAGGCCUGGCUCGCAGUCGGCGUUCCAAUUCAUCCUAAUGGUGUUUCAUGGGGUUGAAGUCAGGGCUCUGUGCAGGCCAGCCAAGUUCUUCCACACCGAACUCAACCAACCAUUUUGGAAUGGACCUCACUUUGUGCAUGGGGGCAUUGUCAUGCUGAAACAGGAAAGGGCCUUCCCCAAACUGUUGCCACAAAGUUGGAAUCACAGAAUCCUCUAGAAUGUAAAUUGUAUGCUGUAGCGUUAAAACAUUUCCCUUCGGCCUCCCGGGUGGCGCAGUGGUCUAGGGCACUGCAUCGCAGCACUAGCUGUGCCACCAGAGACUCUGGGUUCACUCCCAGGCUCUGUCACAGCCGGCCGCGACCAGGAGGUCAGUGGGGCGACCCACAAUUGGCCUAGCGUCGUCUGGGUUAGGGAGGGUCUGGCCCGUAGGGAUAUCCUUGUCUCAUCAUGCACCAGCGGCUCCUGUGGCGGGCUGGGAGCAGUGCACGCAAAGUGCACAGUGUUUCUUCCGACACAUUGGUGCGGCUGGCUUCCGGGUUGGAUGCGCGCUGUGUUAAGAAGUUGGGUUGUCUUUCGGCCUUCGUCUCUCCCUAGCCCGUACGGGAGUUGUAGCGAUGAGACAAGAUAGUAAUUACUAACAAUUGGAUACCACGAAAUUGGGGAGAAACGGGGGUAAAAUAAAAAAUUUAGCCCGAACCAUGAAAAACAGCCCCUAUCUUGUCCCAGACCACUAUCUUGUCUCCACCAAACUUUACACUUGGCACUAUGCAUUGGGGCAAGUAGCAAGGAUCUCCUUGCAUCCUCGAAACCCAGAUUUGUCCGUCUGACUGCCAGAUGGUGAAGAGUAAUUAAUCACUACUCAGAGUCCUAUGGUCGCGAGCUUUACACCACUUCAGCCGACGCUUGGCAUUGCGGAUGGUGUUCUUAGGCUUGUGUGCAUCUGCUCGGCCAUGGAAAACAGUUUCAUGAAGCUCCCGACAAACAGUUAUUGUGCUGACGUUGCUUCCAGAGGCAAUUUGGAACUCGGUAGUGAGGACAGACGGUUUUUACGUGUUUCAGCACUGAGCGGUCCCGUUCUGUAAGCUUGUGUGUAUAUAUUCAGACCCCUUAACUUUUUCCAAAUGUUGUUACUUUACAGCCUUAUUCUAAAAUGUAUUACUGUCACGCUCUGACCUUAGAGAUCCUUAUUAUUCUCUAUGUUUGGUUAGGUCUGGGUGUGACUCGGAUGGGAAAUUCUAUGUUUUCUGGUUCUUUGUUUUUGGCCGAGUGUGGUUCCCAAUCAGAGGCAGCUGUCUAUCGUUGUCUCUGAUUGGGGAUCAUACUUAGGCAGCCUUUUUUUCCCACCAUUAGGUUGUGGUAUCUUGUUUUCUGUUUAGUUACUGUUGCCUGACAGAACUGUGCGUUUUCAAUAUUUUUAUUUUGUAUUAUUUUUUAAUUAAAAUUAUGAACACCUUC